AUGGAUUUAUCUAGGAUACUAAAAAUUGUGUUUCAGCUUCCACAAAACCUGGCUGACAUGACAGGAGCCUUCACUAAUGCCUAUAUCUCUUUUGUGAUUUUGCUUGACUAUUUUAAAACACAAACGAUGAGCACCAGCAAUAAGAUAUUACUUGCCCUGAGCUUAUCCAAUGUUUUUCUUUCUCUUAUUUUAUUCGUUUCCGCGGUGAGUGUUUUCUGGCCGGAGAUAUAUGCAGAUUAUUAUGUCAAGGCCUAUAUUUUUGCACUGCUCCUGUUUGGCAUUUGUUCCUCCGUCUGGAAUACCACCUGUCUCUGUGUCUUCUACUUUUUGAAAAUAAUCAACUUCGGCUCUGGCAUUCUUGCUUUCUUCAAGAUAAAGAUCAACGUCAUGGUUCCAUGGUUCAUAUUCUUUUCAGAAGCAUUGUCUUUAGGCUGCAGUUUCAUUACAUUAUUGCCUUCUGUCAAUAGCCCAGGAUCUUCAUCAAACACCUCAUUGGUCUACUCACUCAACUCCACAUCAGUAGAUAUUGCCAGCAUCCCUGGAUUCAUGAAGGUUACCUUCAUUGUUGCUUUUGUCCCUUUGCUGAUUAUGCUUGUCACUACCUUCUCUACAAUGGGGUCACUUUAUUUGCACAGUCGGAGAAUGGAGAACACAGGGACAUCUAGCAGUGUGGCCCCUCAUCGAAGUGCUGUGUUUAUGAUGGCAUGGCUCCUUCUUUUAUAUGCUGUUGUUUUUGUUGCAUUGUUUACGUAUUUCUUCAAGCUCUUUGAUUCAAAAAGCUUUGGAUAUUGGAUAACUUAUAUGCUGUUAUAUUCAUUCACUUUAGUACAAUCCAUCGUUCUAAUUCUGGGUAACCCUAAACUAAAAGAAGCAAUAACUAUAUGUUGCUGUUUAUUUGCCACAAAAGUAAACUAG